AAUGAGCCAGCGCAUGUAAACAGAGGAAGGUGUGAUUAUGUUGGCACGUGUGUGUGCUCGCUUUGCCCUUCAGACUGUGGCUGAUUUACCACACAGUUCAGCUCGGGUACACCAGUUCUCCCAGUCAGCAUGCAAGAACACAGUGAACGUGGAGCGCUGGUGGCAGGUUCCUCUGUCGAAGGAAGGGCGUCCCCCAAGGCUCUACUCUCGCCGCCACAAAGUUUACCGUUUAGUGGAGGACACCAAACACGACAUGAAGGAGAAGAUGGAGCUGCUGCUCACACAGACCGUCCCCAAGCUCGGCGGACGAGGUGACACUCUGUUCGUGAAGAAAUCAGUGGGGCGGAACAAGCUGCUCCCUCAGGGCCUGGCUGUGUACCCGUCACCCGAAAACAGAGAGACGUUCGCCAACGAGAGGCGGCUGCUCCGUGAAGGGAAGCCAGAGGAUCGAAUCCAGACCCGAACAGGACAGCUCACGGUUGAUUUCCUGAAGCGCUCUACGCUGGAGAUCAGACUCCAAACUCCUGCUCAGUUCCAGCUCACCAAGGAGAUCGUCUGCAGACGCUUUCUACGCAAAAUGGGCGUGGUCGUUCCUCCUGAAGCUCUGCGCCUCCCGGACGAGCCAAUCACGCAGUUCGGAGAUUACUGGUGUGAAGUCACGGUGAACGGACUGGACACGGUCAGGGUUCCAGUAUCUGUGGGACCGUUUGUGGAUCGAUGGCAGAAGAACCUUACAGAGCCAGAAGAUCAAACCACCUCGGAGUGAUCUGCUCCUGGACCUGCUCACACGUCUAAAAUCUGAUUAAAUAAAACUGUAUCUCCUGAUCUGCUUACGGCUGUUUCGUUUCAUAAUAAAAUAAUAAAACGUCUGUUUUGGAACAGCA